ACCAUAGAGUCGGGCUGGGCUGGUCCCAGGGGACGCGGGGUGCACUCCCGGGCUGGUGAUAGAGGCCCGAGGCCUGGGGCCCGGCCCGGCCGGGCCUGGCCUAUUCUGUUGUCCUGCUGUCCUGCGCUGCCUCUCGCGGCCCGGCCCUGCCCUUCCCGGAGGCCGUGGGUGCUCGACCUUUCCUUGGCGAAGGCCUCCGGGCUCCGAGCCCUCAGCCCCUCCUGGCCUCAGUUUCCCCAUCUGUGCAUUGAGAGAUUGGAGCUCGGCCAGGGCCCCUCGGGCUCCAGAUGGGAAGACGGAGGCCGGAGCCGGGAGGGGCUGGGCCAAGGUCACGGGCCCAUGUGAAUAUGUGAGCCUAGCCAAAGCCUGCACUUGUACUCGGGAGAGUCCUGGGUUCGGAUUCCGCCUGUGGCACCGCGGCUGGCAGGCUGACGGACAGGCAGCAACAGGACGGACUUUCUGGCUACUGACCAUUUAGCUGUGGCAUACCCGGAUUGUGUGUAGGUGGGACAUCGACAAUGAGCUCGGUUGCAGUUUUGACCCAGGAGAGCUUUGCAGAGCACCGCAGUGGGCUGACCCAGCAGCAGAUUAAAGUUGCUGCUUUAAAUUCGGAAGAUGAAAGUGACCCUCCAACUUACAAAGAUGCCUUCCCUCCACUUCCUGAGAAGUCUGCUUGUUUGGAAGCAGCUCAGGAGCCUGCUGGGGCUUGGGGCAACAAGAUCCGACCCAUUAAAGCCUCCAUCAUUACUCAGGUGUUCCAUGUGCCCCUGGAGGAGAGGAAGUACAAAGACAUGAACCAGUUUGGGGAAGGGGAGCAAGCCAAGAUUUGCCUCGAGAUCAUGCAGAGGACCGGUGCUCACCUGGAGUUAUCCCUUGCCAAAGACCAAGGCCUCUCCAUCAUGGUCUCUGGAAAGCUGGAAGCGGUCAUGAAGGCUCGGAAGGACAUUGUUGCGAGGCUGCAGACACAGGCUUCAGCAACGGUGGCUAUUCCCAAAGAACAUCAUCGCUUUGUCAUUGGCAAGAAUGGUGAGAAACUACAGGACCUAGAGCUCAAAACUGCAACCAAGAUCCAGAUUCCUCGUCCAGAGGAUCCCAGCAACCAGAUCAAGAUCACUGGCACCAAGGAGGGCAUCGAGAAAGCUCGGCAUGAAGUCCUGCUGAUCUCAGCUGAGCAGGACAAGCGUGCAGUGGAGAGGCUUGACGUGGAGAAGGUCUUCCAUCCAUUCAUCGCAGGGCCCUACAACAAGCUGGUGGGUGAGAUUAUGCAGGAGACGGGCACUCGCAUCAACAUUCCACCACCCAGUGUGAACCGCACUGAGAUUGUCUUCACUGGAGAGAAGGAGCAGUUGGCGCAGGCCGUGGCCCGCAUCAAGAAGAUAUAUGAGGAGAAGAAAAAGAAGACCACCACCAUCGCAGUAGAGGUGAAGAAGUCUCAGCACAAGUACGUCAUCGGGCCUAAGGGCAACUCCCUGCAGGAGAUUCUGGAGAGAACGGGAGUGUCAGUCGAGAUCCCCCCUACAGACAGCAGCUCAGAGACUGUGAUCCUGCGUGGCGAGCCUGAGAAGUUAGGGCAGGCACUUACUGAAGUCUACGCCAAGGCCAACAGUUUCACAGUCUCGUGUGUUUCUGCUCCAUCUUGGCUUCACCGUUUCAUCAUAGGCAAGAAAGGGCAGAACCUGGCCAGAAUCACUCAACAGAUGCCUAAGGUUCACAUAGAAUUUACUGAAGGAGAAGAUAAGAUCACACUGGAAGGACCCACUGAGGACGUGAAUGUGGCUCAAGAACAGAUCGAGGUCAUGGUCAAGGAUCUGAUUAACCGGAUGGAUUACGUCGAGAUUAACAUUGACCACAAGUUUCACAGACAUCUGAUUGGAAAGAAUGGUGCCAACAUAAAUAGAAUCAAAGAUCAGUACAAGGUCUCUGUGAGAAUCCCUCCUGAUAAUGAAAAAAGCAACUUGAUCCGAAUUGAGGGGGACCCUCAGGGCGUCCAACAGGCCAAGAAAGAGCUGCUGGAACUCGCAUCCCGUAUGGAAAAUGAACGUACCAAGGACUUAAUCAUUGAGCAGAGAUUUCAUCGAACAAUCAUUGGGCAGAAAGGUGAACGAAUCCGUGAAAUUCGUGAUAAAUUCCCAGAGGUCAUCAUUAAUUUUCCAGACCCAGCCCAAAAAAGUGACAUCGUACAACUCAGAGGCCCCAAGAACGAGGUGGAGAAAUGCACCAAGUACAUGCAGAAGAUGGCGGCAGAUCUGGUUGAAAAUAGCUAUUCCAUUUCUGUUCCAAUCUUCAAGCAGUUCCACAAGAACAUCAUUGGGAAAGGUGGUGCCAACAUCAAAAAGAUACGUGAAGAAAGCAACACCAAGAUUGAUCUGCCAGCGGAAAACAGUAACUCGGAGACGAUUGUCAUCACAGGCAAGCGCGCCAAUUGUGAGGCUGCUCGAAGCCGGAUCCUUUCCAUUCAGAAAGACCUGGCUAACAUUACAGAAGUGGAGGUGUCCAUUCCAUCCAAGCUUCACAACUCCCUCAUUGGCACCAAAGGCCGCUUAAUCCGUUCCAUCAUGGAAGAGUGUGGGGGGGUGCACAUUCACUUUCCCACCGAAGGCUCGGGCAUCGACACCGUGGUCAUCAGGGGCCCGGCCCCAGAUGUGGAGAAAGCCAAAAGACAGUUGUUACACCUGGCGGAAGAGAAGCAAACCAAGAGCUAUACCGUGGAUCUCCGUGCCAAACCAGAGUACCACAAGUUCCUGAUUGGCAAAGGGGGUGGGAACAUCCGCAAAGUACGAGACAACACGGGAGCCCGAAUCAUUUUCCCUACAUCUGAAGACAAGGAUCAGGAGCUGAUAACGAUCAUUGGGACAGAGGAGGCUGUCAGAGAGGCUCAGAAGGAACUGGAGAUUCUCAUUAAAAAUCUGGAUAACGUGGUAGAAGACUGCAUGCUAGUGGACCCUAGGCAUCACCGCCAUUUUGUCAUCCGAAGAGGCCAGGUCUUACGGGAGAUUGCUGAGGAGUAUGGUGGUGUGAUGGUCAGCUUCCCUCGUUCUGGUAGCCAGAGCGAUAAAGUCACACUCAAAGGAGCCAAAGACUGUGUGGAGGCAGCCAAGAAACGCAUCCAGGAGAUUAUCGAAGACUUGGAGGCCCAAGUGACAAUGGAGUGUGCCAUCCCCCAGAAGUACCAUCGCUCCAUCAUGGGCCCCAAAGGUUCCCGAAUCCAGCAGAUCACUCGUGACUAUGGUGUCCAGAUUAAAUUUCCUGACAGAGAGGAGAACCCAGCUCCCGCUGCUGAGCCAGCUGUUCAAGAAAAUGGGGAAGAAAUUGGGGAGGGGAAAUACAUCAAAGAGGCUGACCCUAGCUCCCCAAGAAAGUGUGACAUCAUCAUAAUUUCGGGUCGAAAAGAGAAGUGUGAGGCCGCUAAGGAAGCUCUUGAGGCGCUGGUUCCUGUCACCAUCAUGGUGGACGUGCCCUUUGAUCUCCAUCGCUACAUAAUUGGGCAGAAAGGAAGUGGGAUCCGCAAGAUGAUGGAUGAGUUUGAGGUGAAUAUCCAAGUCCCAGCACCUGAACUGCAGUCUGACGUUAUUGCCAUCACUGGCCUCGUUGCCAACCUGGACCGGGCCAAGGCUGGCCUCCUGGAGCGGGUGAGGGAGCUGCAAGCUGAGCAGGAGGACCGGGCUUUGAGAAGCUUUAAGCUGAAUGUCACUGUAGAUCCCAAAUAUCACCCUAAAAUUAUUGGGAGAAAGGGGGCAGUGAUCACCCAGAUCCGUAUGGAACACGAAGUAAACAUCCAGUUUCCUGACAAGGAUGAUGAAAACCAGGCGCAGGACCAAAUUACUAUCACAGGGUACGAAAAGAAUACAGAGGCUGCUCGUGAUGCCAUCAUGAAGAUUGUUGGAGAACUGGAGCAGAUGGUCUCAGAGGAUGUCUCGCUGGACCAUCGCGUCCACGCCCGCAUUAUUGGAGCCCGGGGCAAGGCCAUCCGCAAAAUCAUGGAUGAGUUCAAAGUAGACAUCCGUUUCCCGCAGAGCGGAGCCCCCGACCCUAACUGUGUGACUGUGACCGGACUUCCUGAUAAUGUGGAGGAAGCCAUUGAUCACAUCCUCAACCUGGAGGAGGAAUACCUGGCUGAUGUGGUGGACUCCGAGGCUCUGCAGGCGUACAUGAAGCCCCCUGCCCAUGAAGAGGCCAAGGCACCAUCUAAGGGCUUUGUGGUGAGGGACGCCCCCUGGGCAGCAGGCAGCAGUGAGAAGGCUCCUGACAUGAGCAGCUCUGAAGAUUUCCCAAGCUUUGGGGCUCAGGUAGCCCCUAAGACUCUCCCUUGGGGCCCCAAACGAUAAUGAUCAGAACGGAGAAACCUCUCCAGCUGCCAACCUGAAACUACCCCACCACGAAUACUGUGUCUUAAUCUGACCCAGCGGCUGGAUCCUAUGUAAAUUGUGUGUCCCCUGCCCGCCCCCACCCCACCCCCACCCACCCCAAAGAGGUCUCCUAGUGAAGCCUGGAGUGCUGGGUCCUGCGUGCUGGCCUCAAGGUUCAUGACCUUACUUAGCGUCCAGUUUGCACUCAGGAUCUGUUCCUUGACAUCUCCACUCUGGGACAGGCUUUCCACUGUUUUAAACACUAAAAACACAAGUGAAAUGCUUCAUAAUAAAGUAAUUGAGACUUUCUAAGCUUCAUGGUCCACUCAGCAUGUCAUUAAGCACUCUAACCUUCAUUAUGAGAUCUCCUGUACUGUGGCGAGGAGUCUACUUCCUGUGUCAUGACCUCAGGAAAUAAAUUUCCUUGACUUUAUAAAAGCCAAAAUGUUUGCCCUCUUCCUUUCCCCAGCCCUUCCACUUUUGGGUUUGUUUUUGGUGGUUGUUUUAUCCUAGGCCUUCCUUUCAUAGAGCGCAAUCUGCUUUCUGCCACCUGCCCAAAAGGCCACUUAGCACAGGACUUGGGAGGAGAGAGAGAAUCAGACUUGGACAGCCAGGAGGAGGUUUUUGCAGAUCGAAAGAGACUAGCGAUAAUGGUGGAAGGGACCAGAGAGGCACCAGGGAUAACCUGGCAUGGUCCUUGCUGAGGGUAUGCCUGCCUGGGGCUGGUCCGAGGCCACCCAGACUCCACAGACACACCACCCAAACGGCAGCCUCCUCCGGAUGGAAAAUCCACGUAAAACAAACCAAACCCAGAAAACCAGUUCAUGGUCCCUUUCCUUUGUUCUUCCCUUCCAGAGUCAGCCCAUGUUAAUGACAGUAUUAUCGGGAUAGACCUUGCUUUUUUAGGACACGGCAUGGGGAGAGGUGAGGGGCGAGUUGGGACAGCCUGGACAAAGAACGCCUUGAUUCUUUUUCUCUCUUCCCUCUUUGCCUCCUCUAAUUCCCGCUCCCGCCCCCCAAAACAAAACCAACGCUAUUUACAGUCGCCUUCUUUCUACCUCAGAAGCCGGUGUGGCAGUGGUCUCCUGCACCUGGUCUCUUGAUUUAGACUCUUAAGUUUGUAAUUCUUUUUGUUGGCUGUGGCAUUCAAGAUUGAGUGCUCUGCUCCCCACAGUAGGAGGUGAACAGUCCCUUCCCCCAGCCCCCUGAACAGUUGUGGCUUCUCUCUGGGAGGCCUCGUGGUGGUGGGUAGGCUUGGCAGCCUGUGAGAGGUGGCUUGUCCCAUGGGCCUACACCUGGGGCCGUUCUCGGAUCCUUGCCAGGUGGCUUGGUGCAGAGGGCAUGGUGGGGCAGCACCGGCUCUUGGGACCUCUUCAGGUGCUAAGGCCAUUAAUGAACUCCCCCUGGACUGGAGAGGGUGAAGCAAAAUGGGGACCACAAGGAAUGGGUGCUGAGAUCCCUUGCUCCAGAGAGGAUCUUCCUUUCUUCAAGGGCUCAUUGUGCAACUCUCUGGGUGUCUGGUGGCUAAGCCUGUACUCUGUACCCUGACCGCCAGGCUUUGGCAGAGGGAGUGGCUCUCCCCGAGCCCUCCUUGCCAAACCCUUCCCUUUAGUGGGUCUGUUCUUUCAGCGAGAGUCUCGUUUGUCAUCUUUGUGUGGGGGAAGGGGCCUAGGAGGCCCUGUCCACCCCCUGCCUCUGACCUCCAGGAGGUGGCUCAGCUCGGAGCUGCAGCUCCUCUUCCCCAGGACCUUCCCAGCUUCUUGCUGAAGCAUUUCUGAAGUGGCGGCAGAAGCUUGCUUAGUUAUCUCCAUCCUUAGAUUCCUACCAGGCAGGAGUUUUGUGACUGCUUUGAGCCUCGAGUGGCUCUGGCAGAGUGCCUGUGGUUAGAAGUGGGCUUGAGCUGCUUAGUGGGAGGAGUGAGAUAAGGGUCCCCAGCUGAAGGUGGAGCUUAGUGUAGGGGGCAGCCAGACUUGGAUCCCGAAGAAAAUGGGUGUCCCCGUGUCUCUAAGGUACUGGGGGGAAGGGGGGUUGUUGCCCCCGUUUUCCCCCUUCUCUUCCAUCUCAAGUGUUUGGAACCUUUCUUGUUGACACCCUUCCCUCAGUCCUCUGCACCCGUCUCCCGUCCGUUGUCCACGACCAUCACCCCCUCCUCUCCAAGUAAAUGAAAUACUCUUGCAAACCUUUUGCACAUCUCCAUUAACUGCUAAAUGUCUUAGAUGCAAGUUUGAUUCCUAGCAGCAUAUUUGUAAGCCCCUUUCAAAUUCUUGGGGUUCGCCCCCUCCCUUCCCCACCCUUUUAAAAAUAAAGGUCAUAAAAUGAUUGUACCUAGUACUUUGUCUCCUCACUGUCCCCAUGUGCAGUAAACACAUCCUGGGCAGGGGGGAGGGGGAUUGUCUGUCCCAUUUCUCGUUUUUAAUGUCUUCCAUAUCCUAUGUUUCCAUGGCAACGAUCCCUUGGCCUUAACUUUGGAAUUUGGAGAUUAUAUGCAAACGUGUAAAAAGGCUCAUGAAUAUGGAUGACACUGGAAUUUUAUAAAUUCUAAAAUAAAACCUGAAAUCAGU